GAACCAGUUAGCAUUGGCGUAUACGUCGAAAAUUCGGUGCAGUGUAUGACUCCUUUAAGAAUCACUGCUGUCCAAAAGGAGGAGCGUUAUGAAAUGGCUCAUCAGACAUGUGCGUCAGUAAUGACGGUGAAAGAACAUGUGAACAAAUGUGAAAUACGUAACGGGAAAGUGAGACGUGGUGCAUGGACCAUGGGGUGUAUGGAAAGUUACAAGUCAGCAGCAAUGAGAAGAUAUCGAGUGCAAUGGGAGCAUACAAAUCAUCCACCAAGAAAUGAAGAACUACAGACUGUAGGAACGGAAUGCAAGCAUCAGGUGAGAUCCUUCGCAAAGGACACCACCUGUGGACGUAACAACCGAGCACCACUGCACAGGUGUUACCGAAUAAUCGAAUGCGAGUGGUCCCAGACUUCCAAGGUCGUGAUGCAGUUAAAUCCUCGGGCGAUGGUGGCGAACAGCUGUUGUGGGCCCAAGGCAGAUCAUAGGGAGGCCGGAAGGAGUAGCCAUAAUUUGACAUUUUUGCUGGCACUAGUGGUCGAUAUCUUGCGGUUGUUGCCGCAUGUCGAGAAUAUCUGGCCAGUCAGCCUUGUGACCGCAUUGGCUAUCACGUUAAACUCUUCCAAAGUAUUACUAGGGAUCCUAUUGGGCGCAGGUAUUAUUAUAGAUGAGCAACAUGAAGGAGGCCAGUGGAUUAUCGGUGGCGCAGCCACUGACGCUCAAAAGGCGAACGUCCAAUAUUCUGAGGACAUCAACAAGGAAGAGACCAUUGUCGCAGGAUAG